AUGAAUAAUCUUGCACGGGACAUACCCGUCGACCUUGUACGCUACCAUGCUGGGGACAAGGUUCAUAUUCGUCUCAUCAAUGUGAUAACGAUCUCAUACAUGUACGCUUACACGGCGAGCUGGGCUGGAUUGAGUCCCCCGGUAGUUGAAGCCGGCAAAUGCACGGGUGGUGUUGCUAGUCAACUUCAGAGAUCAAGCGACGUAUCUGCGAUCAUGUCUCUACCCCUCACCGGACAGACACAGACACCUGUGGUAUCCCGCACCCAUACCAUAGACAUUCUUUAUCUCUUCUUCCUCGCUUUAUUCCUCGGCUGUAUUUGCUGUCUCACAUUCUUCCUUACACGGAACCAGGAGCCAGAGGGUGACCUUGAGGCUGAUGCAUGUGAACAACAUGUGCAUUACAGCAAUCCUACUGAAUGGCUUACCGGCGGGACUCCUCUCCCCAAAUACUCCGAGCUAUACCCAAAUGAACCUGUUGGUUUAGGCAUUCGAAUGGCAGUCGAUGACGUUCACAUUGAUGAUGAUGAUCUGACAAGUCUUUUGGAUUUUGACUAG